ACCUUGAAGCCUGGCCCUGUCAUGACUUCUACUGCGGAGCGGAAGUUUGCGAACCUGCGGCGGCGUCUGGACCAGCUGGGUUACAGACAGCCACUGGGCAUCGAGAGUCUGCCGCUUGUGGAGAAACUGUUCGCAGACCUGGUGCAUACAACAGAGAGCCUGAAGAACUUGAAAUUGCAGGGUGGCAAAGCCUCACAGCAGCCCACAGACACAGACGAUGAUACAACAGAACCGUACCGCACAGAGAACGCCCGUCUGGUGACUGAGAACAACAAGAUACAUCUGGAACUCAUCAGCAUCAAGGAAGCAGCAGAUAAACAAUCUAAAGAUCUCAAGGCAACCAUCCGGAAACUUGAACACGAGAAUGCUGAUCUGCGCUUCCUCAACUCACAGUACAUCCACAAGGUGCGUGCUGUGGAGAGGGAUAAGAAGUCCAUGAAAGACAAGAUCCAGCAGCUCCAGGAGAAGAACCUCCAGGCUGUGGUGCAGACUCCAGGUGGGAAGAAGCGGAACAUCCCGUUCCACAGACAGCGUAUGGAGAUCGACUCCCUGGUGCCCCCCGCGGACCGCCCCAGCCCCCCUCCCAGCCCGGUUGUGGAGGACCCGUACAUCGCUGACCUGCUGGAGGUGGCCGACAACAGGAUCGACACCCUCACCAAGGACAGCCAGAGGUUACACGAGGACAAGGAGGCUUUGGACAGAAGGAUUAAGACACUGACUCGACAGGUUGAAGCUCGGGAUAAGGAGAUAGAGCGGCUGGGAUAUCUGCUGGAGGGAGGGCGGCCCCAGGACGUGGUCUCGAUGGAAGGCAAACUGCGGGCGAAUGAGAAACUUAUCUCACAUCUCAAUGUACAGGUGGACUACCUCCAGCAAGCGAACCGUGACCUUGAGCGAAGGUUACAGGAUGUUCUGGAGGACCGUCGCUCGGCGGCGCGGGAGCAGAUGGAGCUCAGCACCAGGAACGACAAGCUGAUGUCUGAGCUGCAGGACAUCGACCGUCUGGCCGGAGAACUGCAGAAACACAAGGAACAAGCCAUCACCACAGCAGACAACGAAGUCCGCAACAUUGAGAUUGAACUGAGAAGGUCCCAACGCCAGCUGGAGACUGCAGAAACAGAAGUGACCACUUUGCGAGAGGAGCGUAAGUCCCUGCUGUCCGAGAAUGAUCGCAUCAGCUCUGACCUGGCGAAUAAGAUGGCGGAGGCGCAGCGCCUGCAUGAUCUGAUGGACAAGGUGCAGGAGGACAAGAGACAUCUGUCUGAUAGGGUCAACAGGCUCACCAAGAAAGAGAAAGACCUGGUGCUGGAGCUGGAGAGACUGCGGGACAUGUCUGUAAGACACAAGAGAGACAAGUCUCCCUCACGACUGGACAACUUCAUCAAGAGUCUGGAGGAGGAGAGAGAUUAUUACAAACAGGAGGUGGAUGUUCUACAGAAUAUGAUAAAGAAAAGAUCUGGGAGCCCGGCUAAAACACCGACCUCCACCCCAACCAAGGGAUCCUCCAUCAAGGGCACUCCCACCAAGGGCACACCCACUAAGGGAUCAGGGGUGGACAAAAAGACGGCUGCUCACUAUGAGACCAUCCUGCGGGUGCUGGAGGAUGAGCGUGACUUCUACAAACGGGAGUACGAGAUGCUGCGUGCCUUACGGCGGUCACCCACGAAGGGGUCUCCUCCAACCAGAGACAGGUCCGUGGAUGAUAUGACAGAGAUUAGCCGCUUGCGGCAGGAACGUGACGAGCUGCAAUCCAUGCUGGACAAGUUUGAGCGCCACAUGGCCGAGAUCCAGUCCAACGUCAAGGUGCUGACCGGGGAGAGGGACAAGACCAGUAUGCUGUAUCAGCAGGCACAGGAAGAGAUCAACCGUCUGAGGCGAGAUGCUGUGCGUUCACCAAAGUCCCCCAAAGCCACGCUGGCGGCUCAGUCCAUCCUGCGUCGGGUGGAGAACGAGCGUGAUGACGCCAUGGCAGAUCUGCGUAGGAUGGCCACAGAGAGGGAUAGUCUCAGGGAAAGACUAAAGAUAUCUACAGAAACUGCACUAACAGACAGAGCUCGGCUAGAGCAGAGAAUAGAAGACCAAGACGGCCAGCUGUACACAGUAGACCAAGAGCGUGCUGACCUACAGGGGAGGGUGGCCUCCAUGAGGGACAUGAUUGACACCCUGGAGGACCAGGUUAAGUCCCUCACCAUGAAGGUGGCAUCUACAGAAGAGGAGGCUUCACAACAGAAGGCCACAGCCACACAGAUGAGGCUGUUGGCAGAGCAGACUGAAGCGUCUUUAGAGGACUGUCAGCGGCGCCUCACCAGGAAGGUGGGGGAACUGCAGCAGGCGGAGGAGAGAGGGCACUCACAGGCAGAGAGAAUCGAUGACAUGAACCGUGUCACUGCUAAUCUGAAGGAUGAGAUCGCCCAGCUGAGGGGUGCGGUCAGUUCGCUGGACCGCGAGAAGGACGGCCUCCAGAUGAACGUAGAUGAGAAGACUGAGAGGGUAGUAGGGCUGGAGGAGAACGUCGCUAAUAAGGAAAAAUUGAUUUCUGAACUCAGGUUGAAUGUUGGAGAACUAGAAACAAGACUAGACCGUGCCAAUGAUUUAGUCAGUAAUAAGGAGAGAGAAAUCCGCAGUCUUCGCCGGCAGCUAGAUGGAACUACAGAGGAGCUCGGGGAGGUCAGCCGAGGUCGGGAGGUGGCCCUGAGAGAGAACAGGAGACUACAGGAGGACCUGGGCACCAUGACCAAGGAGAACCAGGCUGUUCAUCAGGACCUGGAUGAGACCAUGUCAGACAGAGGACGUCUCAAACAGCAGGUGCAGGACUACAUCGCAGAGGUCUCCAGGUGUGAGGACCUCUUGGCAGCUAAGGACCGCGAAAUAGCGGACCUGUUGGAGAAUUACCGUAAAGCGAGCACGCAGGCGGAGCGGUGGGAGAUGGAGGCUCACCAGCACCAGGGAGAGUCCAGUAACACCAAGCUGGAGCUGAUGUCCCGCGAGUCAGAGGUGCGCAGACUACGGGAGAAGGCAGACAGUCAGGAGAGGGAGAUACAGGAGCACCUGGCAGCCCAGCAGGCGUACGAGCUGCAGGUGUCAAACCUGACGGUCUCCAUGCAGACCCUAGAGGAGGACCUGCGCCAGGCGGAGGAGGAGAAGGGCGCGCUCGGAACCGACCUGUCGUCCGUCCGCGAGCUGUGCGUCAAACUGGACACCACAAAGGAGGCGCUGUCACGGCAGCUCACCCAGAAGAGUGUGGACUCAGAGCAGGCCAAGACAGCAUUAGAGGAGCUACGAAGAGAAGCAGACUUGCUCCGUAGCCAAGUGUCCAGUGAACGUGCCUCCGUGCGCAACCUGGAGGGUCUGCUGUCCACCAACCGGGAGCGAGAGUUUGCCUCGCAGCUGACGGAGCAGGAGCAGCGCUCGGAGAUCCAGCUGCUGAAGGACCGGCUGACACUGGCAGAGAGCAAGACUCAGAGCCAGCAGCGUGAGAUCACCACCCUGCGCACACGAGCAGCACAACUGGAGUCGGACCUGGAGAGGACCAAGAGGAACCUCACAGCAGAGAGGUUUGAGAAGGAGCGAGCAUAUCAGGAGCUGAGGCGGCGUGGUUUCUCUCCGUCCCGAAUCUCCCCGCCUACGGACACCUCCGGUCACUACUCACGAUCACCCUACAGGCGGUCAACCAGCCCGCGCAGGUCCAGCCCUCCUAGGAGCAUAUUAAAGUCGCCUGACCGGUCGAGAACGCGGUCCCCCGAUAGGUCGAUCACGAGGUCUCCACUGACGCUGUCGUUUGGAGACCCUGACGACAGGUCAGGAGCCAUCUCACCACUAGCCACAGACAGAGACAUGGAGGGGGCAGACUACCAGUUAGAGGGGGAGGAAGGGCCGGACCGGGAUCGGAGAGGAUCAUCUGGCUCCGAGACGUAGAGUGGACUUCCUGCACUAAAACGUUGCAACAGUGAACAGUUCAACUGCCACCUACCGCAGAAGCAGUUACUGUAUCAGUCGCACUGGAACUUCAACAUUUCUCAACAACCAAGUUUUCUUUUCCAUAGCUGAAUUGCUAGGUACAUGCUUUACAUGUGCACCCCUUGUCUUGUAUCCUGCUCAUAUCAGUUCUGUAGCCAUGGAUGACACUGAGACAACACUCGAAUGAUCAUGAGUCAGCUCAGCUCCAUGUUCGGAGGAAACAAGGUUUGAAACUCGUGGUAACUGUUGAAAUUUCAACUAACGCUUUCGCCUCACAACACUGGCUUGCAAGUAUCAUCCAUUGUGUAAAGUACAAAUUCAACAUGGUGCUACAAUAACUGUAAACUCUCCUGAUGUCACAUUGAUUACAAGCCUUGUAAUCUGAUCAUAGUAGGAAGCUAGAAACUGUACACUACAGUCAACUACCUCUUUGUAGACUUUCUUCACAAAACCAACAUUGUCUGAUACACUGAAAGGAUAGUUCCUGUGUUGUUUUCUGUAUUAUAGAUAGCAGACUUCUUGGAAUACACAGACCGUUAAAUCACAUCACUACAGACAUGUAAAUAUUUCAGGAAUUGCAGUCUUGGUCCUAUUAUUUAGUAAGUUGUAAUAAUCACAUGAUUGUUCUCUUUGCAUUUUAGUAUUAAUUCCCUGUGCAAAAGCUAAUCAGAUUGAUACAGAAUUGCACAAUUCUUCAAAAGUUUUUAUUUUGAUUGCCAUUUAUAUUUUAUAUAUAUAGUACAUGUUAACACUGUCCCCCGGGUGGUUUGACAUGGUAGUGUCCAGGUCAGUUGAGUGGUUUUACUGUUGUGUAAGAGUUACUGUAAAGAUGUUGGAAGAUUCUCCACAAAAUGUAUAUCCAAUGACAAUUUGAUUUAAAGAACAUUAUAGUACAGGAUUUUCUACGGUAUCAGAGGUGGCCAUAUCAGUAUCAACCGUUAGAAACUGACAGUUUUAGAACAUAGUGUUUGCAUUUUUUGCUACAGCCAUAACUUAUGGCAACCGUCCAUGUUCCUGAGAAUUGUUACAAUUAUUGAAGACAUUCUUCCUGUUGUAAUCCAUUAAAAGUGUGUGAUGGCAUGCACCAACUUUUACCACAUCCACAGUGUGGUGUAAUGCUGAAAAGGAUCUUUAUAUUUUGUCUGAAAGAGUUAUCAAGAUGAUUCAAUAAAAUAGUUCAAUCUUA